UUAGAUCUCUCUCUCUAUCUCUCUCAAUACUCUCUGAAAUCUGUGCUUUCGUCGGUCACACAAAUGUCGUCGGAAACAGAACGACGGCUCGUCGGCGGCACGGAGUACAGUUGGUGCAGGGCAGUUCCCGGCGGGACAGGCAUCACCGUUCUCGGCAUCGUCCUCGCCGAUCAAUCUGACAUUUCUCAUUUCCGUAAUGCCAUUCACAAACUCCAAAUUACUCAUCCAAUUCUUCGCGCCAAACUCCACUUCGAUCCAUCGGUAAACAACUUUUCCUACAUCAUACCGCCAAAUCCUCACUUCCAAAUCCAGUCCUUCGAUUUCCAAUCAACUGCUGAGAUUCUACGGACGAUCCGUGAUAGUGAUACCGAUUCCUCAUCCAUCUCCUCAUUUCAAUUGAUUCUCGAGUACGAGAUGAACCGAAAUGAUUGGGCUAGUAGUGAGGAGGAGACGGAAUCUAAGCCUGAUACUGAUGUGUUCUUUGCUAGCUCGUAUAUUCUGGAUGGCGGUGCAUUGGCGAUGAUUAUCCGGCUGCAUACGUCGGCAUGUGAUAGAGCGGGUGCGGCGGUGUUGCAGAGGCAAUUGUUGGGAUUGAUUACUGAGGAGAAAGAUUAUGAAGAGGAAUUAGGUCAGGAUGGUGAGUUAGGUUUGGGAAUAGAGGAGUAUAUACCUGCUGGUAAAGCAAAUAAACCUUUUUGGGCUAGGGGAGUUGAUAUGUUAGGGUACUCACUCAAUUCGUUUAGAUUGUCGAAUUUGAACUUUAUAGAUGCUGAUUCGCCUAGAAAAUCACGGAUCGUUUGGUUGAAAUUGGAUCAAGAUCAUACCAGUCGAGUUCUUGAUGGUUGCAAGUCAAGGGGGAUCGAAUUAUGUGGUGCUCUAUCUGCCGCAGCUCUAAUCGCUGCUCGAUCAAUGAAAGGUCUUCCCCUUGGCCAAUGGGAGAAGUAUAUGGUUGUUACGCUAAUCAAUUGUCGUUCGAUUCUUCAGCCAGUCCUUAGUAACAAUCAACUCGGAUUUUACCAUUCUGCCAUUCUCAACACCCACGACAUAUCAGGAGAAGAGAAGCUAUGGGCUCUUUCAAAGAGAACCUACAAUUCGUUUGCAGACACAAAACGGAACAACAAGCAAUUCACAGACAUGUCAGACUUGAACUUUCUAAUGUGCAGGGCCAUCGAAAACCCAGGUCUAACUCCUUCCUCUGCUCUCCGAACUUCAUUCAUCUCUGUUUUUGAAGAAACUGUGCUCGACCGCUUUGAGAAGAAGCAAGGAAUCGUUGAGCUGGAGGAUUACGCGAAUUGUGCCUCGGUGCAUGGAGUGGGUCCAUCCAUUGCGAUAUUCGACUCCAUAAAGAAUGGGUGUUUGGACUGUGCCUGUGUUUAUCCUUCGCCUCUGCAUUCGAGGGAACAAAUGGAGGAGUUGAUUGGAGAAAUGAAGAAAAUUCUCUUCAACUUAGAGGAUUAAAAAAUACCCUUUUUCUUCCAUUUAAAAAAAAUUAAAAAAAUUACACAAAAAAAACAUAAUAACCAUAAUAGUUGUAAUAAUGAUUGAAUGUAUGUUAUUGUUGAUGUGAUAAUGCUUUACAUUUCUGUAAUAUGGAUAUGAUUGGUUGCUAGUUUAAUUAUAUGGUUGGAUUGGAGUUUGUAACAA